GACCUUUUACCACGUGUUCUUUCCCGCGACCAGGAAUGCGCGCUGUUGUUGGACCUGCAUCCCUUCAGGGGAGGUGGAUGUGGUAGAAGCGUGAAGCAGCGACCCGCUUUGCAGAUUUCACAAUGUCUAAACAAAGCAGCAUUUUCAACUUUUUCACCAAGUCUCCACCCUUGGUUAGUAAAGUAAAACCCAGCCCGUCUCCUACAGAAGCGGACCUGCCGUCUUCCGUACCCAAGUCUAACAGUUCUCCGAAAGAGGAUGCGAAGCAGGCGCCUUUACAGAACACUAAAAAACCCCAGCAAAAACUGGGCAAAACGCCGGCUAAGGGAGGCCUCAGUGGUUUCCUCUCUGAGAAAAAGUCUUCAGAUAAAGAAAGCUCAGCAUGCACAUUCACUGCCGGUAACCUGGUUUGGACCAAGCUGGAAGGGCACCCCUGGUGGCCAUGCAUGGUGGUGCCCCAGCCUCUCACGGGGCAGCAGAUGCGGGGCCGUGGUCGUGAUCAGCGCCUGCACGUCCAUUUCUUCGAUGAACCUCCUACUCGGGGGUGGGUCAGUGUUAAAUAUGUCAGGGAUUACCAAGGUUCGGAUAGUGCUGAUGCGAAGAGCGGGGGCCUGUUCUUCAGCGGGAAACCGAUGAUUCGCCAGGCGAUGGAGCUGGCGGACCUUGCUCUGGCUGACAGUCCGCAGAAGCGACUAAAGAUGGCCAUCUGCAUGGAUCCUUCUGAAGAUGAGGAUGAAGAGGAAGAUAUGGAGCUAGACAAGUCAAUUCCGACUGAUGCAGACAUGACUUUGGGGGAGGAAGAGGAGGAGGAAGUAGUGAAGGCAAAAUCCAGCCACCGCUCUUCCAAAAGUAGAGGAGGCGUGCAGCAGAAACCCAAGCGUCGGCGAAUUAUUGUAGCAUCAGAUAGUGAUGGUUCUGAUGAAGAAUUCAAGCCAGAGCCCACAGGGAGCAGCAGUGAGGAAGAUGAAGAGGCUAGCAGCGGAGUAGAGGAAGGAGAGGAGAAUGAACCAGAACCAGAGUCAGAACCAGACAGCCCUGUUAAGCCCAUCAAACGGAAGCGCCCUGCAGAGAAACCGACUAAAAGCAACCCCCCUUCCAUGGGAUGCCCCAGAAAAACCCUUGGGUCUCCAUCCUUUGUCACAGCUGAGACCAAGUCAAGGCUGUCAGCCUUCUCAGCUCCGGAGACCUUUGAGAGCCAGAACAGUGGUGCAGGUGGGGGUGCCGGUGAGGGAAGCACCAUAUGGGACCAUGAGAAGCUGGACUGGCUGCAGGAUGGCAAGAGGAAGGAUGCCAGGAGGCGCCGUCAAAUAGUAGAGGACUAUGACCCGACUACCUUGUAUGUUCCUGAGGACUUCCUGAACAAAUGCACCCCUGGCAUGCGACGCUGGUGGCAGCUGAAGUCUGAGAUGUUUGACACUGUUAUCUUCUACAAGGUGGGAAAGUUCUACGAGCUCUACCACAUGGAUGCCGUCACUGCGGUCAACGAGCUGGGUAUCACCUUCAUGAAGGGCACGUGGGCACACUCUGGCUUCCCCGAAAUCGGCUUCGCCCGCUUCUCAGAUGUCCUGGUGCAGAAAGGCUACAAGGUGGCCCGUGUGGAGCAGACUGAGACACCCGAGAUGAUGGAGGCACGCUGCAAAACCAUGGCUCGGCCGACUAAGUUUGACCGUGUGGUUCGCAGGGAGGUGUGCCGAAUCAUCACCCGGGGCACUCAGACAUACAGUGUGCUUGAUGGUGCACCUUCAGAGGCCCAGAGCAAGUUUCUGCUGAGCGUGAAGGAGAAGGCAGAGGAGGAGACCUCGGGCUGUCAGCGCACGUACGGAGUUAGUUUUGUCGACACGUCAGUGGGCCGCUUCCACGUGGGCCAGUUCAGAGAUGACCGGCACUGUUCCCGUUUCCGCACAUUGGUGGCGCACUUCCCCCCUGCACAGGUGCUAUUUGAAAAGGGCAACCUGUCAGCAGAAACACGCAAGCUCAUGAAGUCUUCUCUGGCCUCUGCCAUGCAGGAGGGCCUCACAGCAGGGACUCAGUUCUGGGAUGCCUCCAAGACCCUCAAGUUGCUUUCUGAGGAGAAUUAUUUUAAAGAGACUGGAACACAGGGCGAAGAUGAUAAUGUUCUCCCUGCAGUGCUCAAGGCCAUGACCUCUGAGAGCGACUCACUAAGCCUCACCCCAGGGGAAGGGUACGAGCUGGCCCUUUCUGCUCUGGGUGCCUGCAUCUUCUACUUAAAGAAGUGCUUGGUGGACCAGGAGCUGCUGUCUCUGGCCGACUUUGAGGAGUACAUCCCUGUGGAUGUGGAAAUGGAGCAGUCGGACAGCCCGUCCAGCUUCUUCGCACGGACUCGCCAGCGCAUGGUUCUUGAUGGGGUGACUCUAGUCAACCUGGAGAUUCUUCAGAAUAGCUCCACAGGUGGCUUGGAGGGGACCCUGCUAGACCUCCUGGACUCUUGCUGCACUCCCUUUGGAAAGCGCCUUCUGAAGCAGUGGUUGUGUGCUCCACUCUGUAACCCCUCCUCCAUUGAAGACCGACUUAACGCUUUGGAGGAUCUGAUGGGUAUGCCGGCUGAAGCCAGCGAGGCUGAGGAGCUGCUGAAGAAGCUCCCGGACAUGGAGAGGCUACUGAGUAAGAUCCACAGCAUGGGGACACCCCUGAAGAGCAAGGACCACCCUGACAGCCGAGCAGUCCUCUAUGAGGAGAUCACCUACAGCAAGCGAAAGAUUGCUGACUUUCUGUCAGCCCUGGAGGGCUUUAAGACCAUGCAGCAGAUUGUGUCUGCCAUGGAGCCAGUGGCAGAGGCUUUCCGAUCCAAGCUGCUCCGCCAGGUGAUGAUCCAGAAAGCCAAAAAUGAGGAGGGCCUCUUUCCUGACCUCUCGGCAGAACUGAGGCGCUGGGACACGGCCUUCGAUCACCAGAAGGCCCGUAACACUGGUGUCAUCAGCCCCAAGAGUGGCUUUGACCCAGAUUAUGACCAAGCACUGACUGGCAUCAAGGACUGUGAGCGGGUUCUGCAGGAAUACCUGGACCGGCAGAAGAAGCGACUGGGAUGCAAGAGCCUGACGUACUGGGGCACAGGGAGGAACCGGUACCAAUUAGAGGUGCCUGACAGUGUGCAAGAACGGAACAUUCCUGAGGAGUAUGAGGUCAAGUCUACUAAGAAGGGCUGGAAGCGGUACUGGACCCCAGAGAUCGAGCGGCAGUUCUCAGAGCUACAGAGCUGGGAGGACCAAAGGGAUUCUGCCCUUAAGGACUGCAUGCGCAAACUCUUCUACAACUUCGACAAGAACUGCAGAGACUGGAAGAUGGCUGUGGAGUGCAUGGCAGUGCUGGAUGUGUUGCUGAGCAUGACUCGAUACAGCCAAGGUGGAGAUGGGCCUAUGAGCCGGCCCGAGGUUCUGCUCCCAUCAGAAGGCAUACAGUCUGCGCCUUUCUUGGAUCUGAGAGGCUCCCGUCAUCCCUGUGUAACAAAGACCUUCUUUGGUGACGACUUCAUCCCCAAUGAUGUCUGUAUCGGUUGCCCUGGUGAUGAUCCAGAGGGGAGCAAUGCAACCUGUGUUCUUGUUACUGGGCCCAACAUGGGGGGCAAGUCUACCCUAAUGAGACAGUGUGGCCUGGUGGUCAUCCUGGCCCAGCUAGGUUGCUAUGUGCCUGCGGAGAGCCUUCGCAUGAGUCCCGUUGACAGGAUCUUCACCCGACUGGGUGCCUCUGACCGCAUCAUGGCCGGGGAGAGCACCUUCUUUGUGGAGCUGAGUGAGACUGCGAGUAUCCUGCAUCAUGGGACCAGCCAUUCUUUGGUGCUCCUGGAUGAACUGGGAAGGGGCACCGCCACAUACGAUGGCACAGCAAUCGCCAGCGCAGUGGUGAAGGAGCUGGCAGAGCAAAUCUGCUGUCGCACACUUUUCUCCACCCACUACCAUUCUCUGGUCGAAGACCAUUCCCAGAAUCCUGCUGUGAAACUAGGCCACAUGGCGUGCAUGGUGGAGAACGAAUGUGAAGACCCCAGUCAGGAAACCAUCACUUUCCUCUACAAGUUCAUCGCGGGGGCAUGCCCUAAGAGCUACGGCUUCAACGCUGCCCGGCUGGCCAACAUCCCGGAGGAGGUGAUUCAGCUGGGGCAUAAGAAGGCCUGCGAGUUUGAGAGAAACACAGUGUCCCUCCGAGUUUUCAAGGAGCUCUGGCUCUUUGCAGACAACCCCAACGCCGCCCCUGGCCGCUUCUCCACUUUGCUGCGGAUGAUCGGUGACCAUUAGGGAGCGCGAGGGUUUGUGUAUCACUUGGCUCCCCCUCCCCCCACCACCCCACCCCCACAGAAAUAUUCACUACU